UGUCACUGGGGGUGCUCAAGAAACACAUGGAGAUGUUCAACCCUCCCUUGCCACGGAGUAAGACUAAUGCUAUCCAGACUUUGGGAAUAGGGUGUGUCGGAAAAGUGUUUCUCUUAUUUCCAACUCGAUGGUGGCCUGAAGAUAUCAACGUAAUUGUUUCAAUGUUUUCUAAGAAACAGCUUGAAGACUUCAAGAAAAAUUCCACCCAUGGUUACUGGGCCGCCUACACCUCCGGGUUCUGGCCGGUGAUGCAGCAUGAGCGCAUGCUCUGCUCGUGGUUUUCAGGGGAAGCUUGUAGAAUCAUGGAGAAGUUGACGGAAGAAGAAGUCAUCCAGGGUCUGCUUGAGCUGCUUAACGCUCUUGUAGGCAAACAACAUCAGAUUCCCCGACCUGAAGGCAUUCUGAGGACUAACUGGGCCAGCUAUCCCUACACGUUAGGAUCAUACUCUUUUCCCACGCCGGAUAGCGAUCGUCUAAAUGUAACUAGAAGUCAUCUAUCCGAGCCUGUACUACAUCAUGAUAAACCUGUUGUACUGUUCGCUGGGGAGGCCACUCACCCUCACUACUGGAGUACGGUGCAUGGCGGACUGGCAACAGGGGUUAGGGAGGCAAACAACCUACUAAAGUAUCUCCAGACUGCCUGAAAUAUAGGGAAUUUUAUAUACUAACCUAAGGAGUUUCUUGAAUAAUAAAUCAAUUUUUAACUUUUGAAAAAUGAACAUAAGACUUUUGAAACAAAGUACAUAAAAUUGAGUUUACAACAUAAUUUUGGUUCAUUUGCUUCUGGUAUUGAUCAUGGGGUUAGAAAGGCCAACAACCUAAUACAGGACUAAAGGAUAGUACUGUCCCAAAUUUGGGGGCAUUGAGUGUACUACGUUAUGGUAGUUCUGAAAUAUACAAAUUGAAGGUGUCCAGAAAAAAACUGAACAUACUCCUAUAAAACAAAUUUCUUCGUGUUAAAAUUGUUAAAUAUUAUUUAUUUAUGUUAUAAUAAACUAAGAAAGCUACAGGAGGACAUUAAUAACAAGACCCUUGAUAAAAAGUCUCUUUUGAUGGUAAAUGUCAUUUUUCAAUUCCCAAGAAUUUGUUUUAUCCCUAAUUAAAAUAUUUUUUUACAAACCUUGGUUAGAAUAAAAAUAAUAACACGCUUAUAUAACAAAUACAGUAGCAUGAAAGUCUUGUUGUCAAGGUCAUAUGAUUCAUCUUGUAAAUCUAAUUAUAAGGUUCAAUAAACAACAUACCAUUACUUUGAUUUGUUUUCCUGUUACUCUGCAACAAUAGCAAUAGGUCAACUUUCUCAAUUUCAUUCUCAAUAUUAAAGUUAUUCUGGGCCAGAAAUCAUUGGUUUGGUGAAAGCUUGUGAUGCAGCAUUUGUCAAGAAUUGUUAUAUUACUAAGAAUAACCAUAUGUUGUGCUGUUUUCAUUGGUAAAUUCAUUGUAAAGAUCUUUAUUGUAUCCAAAGUUUUGCUUUGUUUUCAUUUACACUCAUAAAAAGUACACAUUAUUGAGGUGUAUAUCGUAUGAAGUAAAGUUUUCAACACAUUUUUAGUGUUUG